UGUAGUUUAUUUCAACCGGGGAUUGGAGGAGAAAUUAGCUGGGGAUAGCAGAAUACGAAUGUCAAACGACUGAUGAUUAGUAUUCGCAUGCUGCUGCUCUGAGUAGAAGACUAGAAUAUAACCCCCCCUCCAGCACCUGUCCCGCUGCGUCUUGUGGUCGCGCAGGAGUUGAAUCUCGAGGCGAUUUCACUCGCUUUCAUUGUUGACUACAGCGUGGUGGGUUCUGGUUGUAGCUCGUGAAAAUGACUUCGACAUACAGUGGUCUGGAUUUUCAUCCGGAUAGGAUGGUAGAAAGCCGGUUGAUGAUGAGCUCGGAAGAUACAACCAACGGCAGCAAGAUGAACGGUUCCAUUGAGAACCUGGAAACACCUGACCAUGACUCCAUCAAGAUGUUCGUUGGCCAGAUACCUCGCUCCUGGACAGAAACCGAGCUCAAGGAGCUGUUUGAGCCCUACGGCGCCGUGCACCAGAUCAACAUCCUCCGAGACCGCACCGCCACACCCCCCCAGAGCAAAGGAUGCUGUUUUGUAACGUUUUAUACCAGAAAAGCUGCCCUGGAGGCCCAGAAUGCAUUGCACAACAUAAAGACCUUAACUGGGAUGCAUCAUCCCAUCCAGAUGAAACCUGCCGACAGCGAGAAAACAAACGCGGUGGAAGAUAGGAAACUCUUUAUCGGAAUGGUGACGAAGAAAUACGGCGAGAAUGAGGUUCGGCUGAUGUUCUCUGCUUUCGGCCAGAUAGAGGAAUGCCGAAUUCUCCGUGGACCCGACGGUCUGAGCAGAGGCUGUGCGUUUAUCACAUUUUCUACCAGGGCUCAGGCUGCGAAUGCAAUCAAAUCCCUGCAUCAUUCUCAGACAAUGGAGGGCUGCACUUCUCCCAUGGUGUGUAAGUUUGCGGACACUCAGAGGGACAAGGAGCAGCGGCGCCUGCAGCAGCAGAUGGCCCAACAGAUGCAGCAGCUCAACAGCGCCUCCACCUGGGGAAAUCUGGCAGGGUUGGGAGGCCUCACGCCACAGUACUUAGCCUUGCUCCAACAGGCGACGGCGACCAGUAACCAGAGUACUUUUGGCAACCAGAGUACUUUUGGUAACCAGAGUUUUGGUAACCAGAGUAGUUUUGGUGGCAUGCAGAGACUAGGAGGUGUGAACCAGCUGCAGCUGCAGAACCUGGCCACAUUAGCAGCUGCCGCCUCUGCAGCCCAAAACUCAGGCGGCUCUACCAACACCCUGUCAGCCAACGGCGCUUUAGGUAAUCUCUAUAACUCAGCAGCAGGCCAGACUGCAGGUUCCAGCGCGGGUGCAGCCAUGAACACCCUGGCCUCUCUGGGCCUGACCCAGGGCCUUGGCGGCGGUCUGACGGGCGCCUCCAUGGGCCUCAACAACCUCAACGCCCUCACUGGGGGGGUCAGCGGUGAGUAUGCCCUCAGUAUGGCUGCUAUGAACGGGGGCCUGGGGGCCUCGAUGGCUAAUGGCUCUGGAGCGAGCUCCAUGGAUGCCCUGACCCAGGCAUACUCAGGGAUGCAGCAGUACACUGCGUCCGCCCUGCCUUCCCUCUACAGCCAGUCCCUGCUGCAGGGUGCAGCCGGUGGGAGCCAGAAAGAGGGUCCUGAGGGGGCUAACCUGUUCAUCUAUCACCUGCCCCAGGAGUUUGGAGACCAGGAUGUCCUUCAGAUGUUCAUGCCUUUCGGAAAUGUUGUCUCUGCCAAAGUCUUCAUUGACAAACAGACCAAUCUGAGCAAGUGCUUCGGGUUCGUCAGCUACGACAAUCCAGUGUCGGCGCAGGCCGCCAUCCAGGCCAUGAACGGCUUCCAGAUCGGCAUGAAGAGGCUCAAGGUGCAGCUGAAGCGCUCCAAGAAUGACAGCAAACCCUACUGAUCGUACCCAGGGCAGGGGCCUUCCCCCUGGCUCUGUGUUAGCACUGCUAGGAACAAAUCUUCAUGCCUGUUUGCUCAUCGUUAGCCUAGCAUGUCCUCAUGGUGUUGAAAACCGACUUCAAACUCCUCUUCCUCCCGGCUACUCCUCCUCAUCCUCCCACCAUUGUCUCUAAAGCUCGCCUGACCAAUAGGCUACCUGGGCACACACCCCGCUGACCUUUGACCUAUGACAUUUGACCUUAGCUCAACAUGAUUGGGUGUAUCCAAAAUGGCACCCUGCUCCCUAUAUGGUGCACUGUUUCUACCCAGAGCCUUUUUGACCAGUGCAAGUUACUGCACUAUAUAGGGAAGAGGCUGCCAUUUUGGAAACAUAGCUGUUUUUUUGCAUGCAACUUCGUUUUUCUUUGUUCCUGUAUAAAAUGUGAGGGGAGGUCGGUCAAGCAAAAUCAAUGUGAAAUCUUACCUGAGCUCAUUUCAUUUAAAAAAUACUUUGUUUUUGUACAUUUUCUGCAAAUGCGCAAAAAAAAAAAAAAAAAAAAACCUUGUUUUAAAAGCCUGUGGGAUUGUUAUUUUUGUUGUUUUGUAAUUUGCUUGUUUCUGUUGCUCGUUUCUUUUUUUUUUUUUUACCUCUUCUCUCUCAGUAUAAAGUUCACUUGAAAGUUUGAAUACAGGGACUAGCACAGCGAUGUGCUACUUUGUGCCAUUAGCAAUAUGUCUGCUUCUGAAACAACAAAAUAAUGCUGUGUCCAAAAUGGCACCCCCGUCUCCUAUGUACGUUCACUACUUUUUACCCGGGCCUUGAGCUCUAGUCAAAAUUAGUGCACUAUGUAGGGAACAGGGUACCAUUUUAGACCGCACCCUAAGACCACUCGACUCGCAACACUUAGAAAAACUAGUCUGAAUAUCAACCAGAAUUGCCCCUCAGUGCUCUGUUAGGUUUUCACAUUUUCAAUUGUCACCAAGGCUGUUUAAAAAAAUAGAAAAAAAGACUCUUGGCUUUCAUUUAAUGAUUGUGUAUUUGCCUAUUUUUGUUUUAUAUUUUUUUUCCAAAAAUAUUUGACGGCACAACGGAGGUAGAUUUGCUCUUGACUACUAGGGGAAAUUACUACCUACUACGAGUCUGAACUUUUUUUAGAAAUGAUUCACAAAUAGACAAUCUGUGGUUUAAAUGCACACUUAGAUUACCUAUAUUUUAUACCAUUGAAUCUAUAGAAGUUUAAAGCUAAGUAAAACAGAAACCCAGGUUAACUUUGGGGUUCUUUUUGUAGAUUAUGUUGUAAUGUCAUCUAGGGUCUAAGUGUAUAUGUUUUUAAAUGGGUUGGGGGGUCAACAACACAGCCUUUCAAAAAAAAGAACUCGUUACUAGCGGUGAUGUAAUUGAUACUUACACGUGUUGUCAGAAUUCCUUUCUGGGUUAUUUGCUAUUUUUAUCCUCUGCAACUUUUUUUCAGUUAAGUAGAUUGUCAUUGUCUCAUCUUGGGGAAUAUAUAUGACUAUUUUUUUUUUUUUUUUCCUACAUUAAGAGAAAAUAGUUUAAAUUUAGUGUUAAAUUCUUAUGGUCUUGAGAUUUUUUUUUUGUUCGAAUUUCUUGUCGAUGAUUUCAUAAAUGGAUGUUUUUGCUUAUGGAUGCCUCAUAUUGCAAGAUAAUGUCUGUUACCACAGAAGACAGACGGGGUGUUUUUGUUUAAAGUGCCCAUGUGUCAAACUCGCAGUUUUAAUUUUUUUGAACUUUCUUACAAUAUGCUUUCAUGUGAGUGCCCAAUUUCUCAACACACUUUGUUCUGUGACAGUAAGAACACUGGGAGCCCCUGAACGUGAAAUCACACAGGGGAAUUUUUAUUAGGUCACACACAACACACACAACCUAUUUGUUGGUGAUAGUUGAAAUCCAACAUUUAAAAAAUAGAAAAUUCCUUUCAUUUUAACCGGUCACACAGAAUCUGUGUUAACACUGUUGAACCUACCCCCCUCCCCCCCGCUCCCCCCACACCAAAACUGUUGGUUUACACAAGCAUUCCAUGUUUCGGCAUAAAGUUUACUACUCAGAACAGAAGUGUCUUUAUUGGGUUGAUAAUGGACCAGCCUACUUUCUGUUAGUUGUACUGCAGAGAUGAUGGGACAGCGCAAAUCAUUUACAUCCAGCCCCAAAGAAAAGUUCCCCCAAAAAUAUGCGUACCUGGUCCCAUAUUCACAAAGCGUCUAGGAUCAGGUUCCACCUGUUCAUGUAAUCUUAUUCAUUAUAUGAUACAAGCUCUAAAGCUGAUCCUAAAUCGGCACACCUACUCUAUGGCGCUUUAUGAAUACGACCCAGAAGGCGCUGAACAAGGGUCGUCAACUCAGGGUCCUUCGUGUUUGAGAUUCAGCUCUGUGUGGAAGAUGCCAAGCACUGCCUACGGUGUCCUUUUCUCAACAGACUUGGGAUUAACAAGCCACAAAAUGCAUUUUUCAGUUUUGGUUAGUUUUUUUUUUUUUUUUACUUGCAAAUCACCCAAGAUGGCACCAGUUUGUUGUUGUUUUUUUAGCUUGAAAGUUCUAGCAGCACUUGAGAAGUUUUGAAGUGUUUGUUGUUGAAUGGUAGCGAUUUGGUUUUGUCUGUUUAUAAGCAGAAAUAUUGGAGGCAAAUGUAAACUUCUUUUUUUUUUUUUUGCAAAUCUGUUUUGUUUUUUUGAAGCAUGGGUUGGUGGCACUUCCCAGAACUACCAAGGUACCACUAAUAAACAUUAUUUUAUGUUGAAUAAGAUGGGGAAUGUGCUUUUUGCAGUGAGUUUUUCUAUCCCAAUAUACAACACUCAGUGCCAUAUAUCUAGAAACUGCCUACACAGAUGCUAUUAGGCCAUGGUUUAGGGACUAGAGAUUACUGCAGUUAGGAACGCUCAGUUUGCUUUUCUUAUAAUAUACAUACCAGUGUCAUUAAGGCUAAAUCACCUGCUGAUGUGUUUCCCACUUUGUGAUGUUAUUGCUUGAACUGGUACGUGAUUGUACUGAAUUUUAACACAUUGGCAAGUAAUUUUGUGAAUAUUAUCAUACAUUGAACAACCCAAACCUUUUUUUUUUUUUUUAAGACAAAUCAUCCUGUUAGUGAGUGGACAAAGUUGAGUGCUUUGCGGUACAGUCACAGACAAUGUAUUGCUAUAAUAUGAAUGCCUAGUUGUCGGGUCAAAUGGUAAAGUUACUGUAUAUUGAUUUUGAUUUAUUGAUUAUAGAAUAGUAAUCCUUUUCACGUUAACCAAAACCUGGGUAGUGUCGCAUUAUUAACAUUGACUAUAUAACAGUUUGUUAAACAAUUUGGUAUGUAGGCUACAACAAACUGUUAACAAAUGUUAGUGAAUAUUUUAAUUGAUUAUAAUGGGUAGUUAUACAACUGUAUUGUAAAGUGUUACCGUAAAUGUUGAAAUAUAAGCACAAUAUAAAACACACAUGGGUCAGGGUAUAGGAACUAGAAACUCUCACUUCGGGGGCUUCCGUCACAACCAUUUUUCUUAGGACUAAUUCCAAAUGUCACCCUAUUCCCUGCGUAGUGCACUACUUUAGACCAGGGCCCAUUAAUCUGGUCAAAAGUAGUGCACUAUGUAGGGAAUCGGGUGCCCCUUUGGACUUUCCUCAGUAUCUCUAUCACUGGUCACCAUUUUUUUCCUAUUCUCAUACUCUGAAGUGCUGUUUGACAAAGUGUGGUAGCUUUGCAUCGCUUAGAUAUUGUCAUGGUCAAAAAAUCUCUGUCCUUUUUUUCUUUCUCUGUACUGUUUUUUUUUCUCUUAUCUGAUGAUUUAAUAAUUGAUAGGACUUCAUGUUCUUCUCCACCUAAAUUAUUUGAUAGAUGUUUGUUGUCUUGAGAAAAGCCAAAGUCACGGUCCAUCUUCAUGUUGAUCUGUAAAACAUUUACAGUAGUGAUUUUGUUUUUAAUUAAACUUUUGAAAUUUGGGUGGGAUUUGAAGAAAAAAAAUGACAAACUGGCUCUUUCCAAUUUCUACAAUACUGGUUGUGCAUAUGUAUUUUGUACCAGUGAAGCUUUUUUUAUAUUGGAAAUAAUUAAAGAAAAAAAUAUAUAUUGGAAAAAAAAAUGUCUGUCCUCUCUAAGGCCCUCGCCUUGAAUGUGCUAGUCUUGAGUUUGGCUUCUUGGUGGUUGUCAGUGAAAACAUUUCUGAUUAAUAAGUUUUUUCUUCUUAAAUAAAUAACCUUAAUUUUGAUUUAAUUACCUUGCUUUCUACAUGUUCCUCACUUCGUUAUUGUUUCUAUAUUGGGGGGUGGGGGGGGUGGGGAUCCUCUAAAAUCGUGGUCAGUUUCAUGUUAGUGCUGUGCUCUGUCCACAUGGUUAUUAUAAAUGACCAUCUGGGCUUAUUAUAGACAACUUGUAUGGAUAGAUAAAUGUCUUAGUUUAAUAUUUGUUUAGUUUCUGGGCUUUUUCCUUUUACCUGUUGGUAGAUAUUUCAAUUACCGGUAGAAGCAGUGGUGUGUAGUUGGAAAUCAGUCAAUGUUUUAUUUGGUAAAUGUUUGUUCAUGUGUGGUGUGUUUCUUUGCCUCGGUCUCCAAAAUUAAACCAUUUUUCCCUAAUA